AUGGUUGCUUUUUAGCUCUUUUGACACAGAAUCUUGAUGGUUGAUGACGUUUAAAUCCAAACAGAGACUGAAAGAACCUCUUAGUUACCAGCAGUGCUAAUGAAAAAAAGGUCUUUUACGCGUAGAAUUUACGAUACGUAGAAUUUCGAUGGCUAACCACACGAUCUGAUGUAAUAUUAUUAGUUUUGUUUUUUUUUUAUUUUAAUGAACUUUGCUAUAAUACACUAGUUCUUUUUUAUUUUGUAGGCGGUCGGUUUUUGACUCUUCGGCUUUUAAUUCAUCUUUUUUAACGAAAUGGUUAUUAAAGAUGACAAUCACAUGACACAAAUAAUUAUCAAACAACUAACCAACUUCUCUCUUAUUUACAUUUCGUUAUUUUCUUUCUUUUUUUUAAGCGGUGACCAGUUUCUCGAAUCUCCUUGGUGGAUUUCGGUAAAGAUGGGAGUGUUAAUAUACACAUAUCUUUAUUAUGUGUUAUUUGAUCACGUGCCUUAUCGCUCCGGAGUCCGGACUUAACAAAGGUUGCCGUUCUCUAGUUGUACUUUAAAUUAGACUAUACCAUGGGACGCAUUUGACUCACCGACAAUUAAUUCACCAACAAUCUUUUCGCCGAUAACCACUUCACCGACAAUCAAAUGUUUCGCCGACAUGAUCAUCUCACCAACAG